UUCCUUCCCGAGGGGGGAGCCUAGUGGCCCUUACCCCCAAAUGAGGGCCCCCCAAGUUCGUACCUACCUGCGCCCCUAAUUAACCCAAACCUUUCCUGGGGCUUGAUUGGCAAACCCCUGAGGCGAGCUUGUGGGAGGGAGUCGCCUUAUUGCCCCCGAUAGAUAACUAGGCGACGGCGCGUCCCCGCCUGAGGAUUUCCAUUUCCUUCUCCCCGUAUUUUGACCCUGUGCUCGCUCACACUCUCUACCCACGCCCCCUGCGCCUUCACGUGUCUCGGGUGUUCGUGAGAAGGGCGAAAGAUUGCGAGGUCUGAACACAGACAUUAGGAGGAAUAUAUUUUGUAUUUUGAUGUCUAGUGAAGACUUUUUGGAUGCCUUCGAAAAACUUUUAAAGCUUAGACUUAAAGAUCAGCAGGAGAGAGAGAUUGCCCAUGUCCUCAUAGACUGUUGCCUGCAAGAGAAGACUUAUAACCCCUUCUAUGCAUAUUUGUCUGCCAAGUUCUGUGAAUAUGAAAGACGAUUCCAGAUGACAUUCCAGUUCAGUAUAUGGGACAAAAUCAGAGAUCUGGGAAACCUGUCCACUACGGCUUUCUCCAACUUAGUUCAUCUCUUGGCUCAUCUGUUGAAGACCAAGUCUCUCUUCCUUACUGUUUUCAAAAAUCACUUCAGAGAAGUUAUGAAUGUGUUACAUCAGAAACGAAGCCGACUGGUGUGUCCAGCCCUCAGGAGCCAGUGGGGAACCAGUUGGCUCCUCCAGGAGAACAGCUGCCUGAAACAAAGCCACUGGUCAAGGAGACUCCAAUCCCCUUAAUGAACUACACAGAAUAUCUAAGAAACAAAGUACUCACUUACCCCACAAAGUCACGCGACCCCCCACAGAGCCAAGAAGCUGAAAUGCAUAGUGUGAGUACUUCAUCAGAAGCAGGUGCCCCUGGUGGCAAGCACGAGGAGAGGUGCAAAGAACAGCUGUGUCAUAACUCUGUGGAUCAGGAGGAAUGGGAAAUCGUCCCCAAGCAUUUGGUGUGGGGUGAUGCUAUAAGGAAGAGCCACGAGGACCCAGAGCAAGAAAAGAGGGUUGCUGCCGUGUCUCCAGUGCCUCAGACCAUCCAUGUGACUUUCCAGGUGCAUUACAUCACUCACUCAGAAGCCCAGCUGAUUGCCAUCACAGGUGAUCACGAGUGUCUAGGCCAGUGGCACCGCUAUGUAUCACUCAGGUGUGACAAGGAUGGGUUCUGGUCAGACUCUGUUGUCUUACCAGUUAAUACCAGAGUCGAGUGGAAGUUCAUACUGGUGGAGAAUGGAAAAGUCAAACGGUGGGAAGAAUGUGACAAUCGAAUCCUGGUGACUGAACUUGAGGAUAGAGUGGCCCAUAAGUGGUGGGGCUAUCACUGAAUCUGGCUGAGUGCAGGGCUCUAUUUUUAUUCCAUGUCUUUAUUUUCUUAUUCUUGCCUACCUUAAUAUAUCUGUGCUGCAUGUUUUGCAGAGCUGCCUUAGGUUAAAGGGUCUCUUCUGCUAGCUUUAAGAUAUGAAGAUACUCUUCAGACUGAAUCAGACCAAAGCCUUCCUGGUGAUAGACAUGUUAGGCCUCUCUAGUGGGUGGUGUUCAAAAAUAGCUCCCUACUUAAAAAGCUUUAAACCCUGAACAUGAAAGUGUACGGUUGUGAGAAGGUAGGAGCAUGGAGUGUGGACGCUGGACUGACAGAAUGGGAGAGGUGCUGUUAAACUGCACUGUAACUGUCUGUUAAAAUGUUUUUAACUUAUCGUUACUGGAUAAGGAAACAAUAAAGAUGAUUUUCAGACUGGUGAA